UGCGUCUCGAUCUUUUUUUAUUCGAUUAUAUUCGAAUUCGAGAUUACCCUGUGCGGCCCGCCAAGUCACGUGAUUCGCGAAAAUAUCACGUGGCGCUUUUUGGUGCCCCUGCAGAGCGCGCCAGUGUACAUUUGAUUAAACAUCAUGACGAAAGGAUCUGUUUGCUUCGUAAAUACAAAAUUGCAAGUUUGUCAGCUUAUCAUUCGUGCCCUAUCAAGUUUAAUAUUAUAAUGUCAUUAUGAUAAAGGUUCAUUUAUUUCAAUAAUUAAUUCUAUAUAUCAUUUACGAGCUCACAUACGUACCGAUUUUGCGCGUGACAUGUCGUGAGUCGACCCACUUUGCGAAUAUAGAUCAUUAAUUCUUCCUCGACGGAUUGUACCUCGAGCGUGAUCUCAUCCAUAUAACAAGUGUUCUUCGAACUUCCUUAUUCUUUUUACAGAAUAUUGUGACGUUGUCCUAUUUAGAGAUUAUUUUAUUGUUCGUUAAGAAAAAAAAUAAAUCAACUUGAAACGUAUACAAGAUCUCUAAGCACAAAGUUUCGCGUGUCAUUUUUCUUGAUAAUGUCAUGGAUCCUAACGUGCUUCAAAUACGUGUGCAUUUAGUGAACGAUGCAAUUAGGUUAAGUUGACUGAUGACAGGAGAUUUUUGAUUCUAACAUGAUUUACCUUCGGAGUAACCCGACUGAUUAAAUGUCAAAUACAUCUCUUUUGUUGGGACGAACGUUGAAUGACAAGAGUACCUAUAAUUAUCAGGAACCAAGAUGAACUAUGGUUGUGCAUUUACUAAUAUUUUAUAUUAUUAUGAAGACUCAAUGUGCGUGAUAAACUUUUUACAAAGAUCUCUACUGUAUUUGCUUGUAUAUAUUAAGGAUAUUUAGAGUGAAAGUUAUCGUCCAUCAAUAUGCCUCACGUGACUAGAAAAUGGGAAUUGUUUCCUGGUAGGAAUAGAUUUUGUUGUGAUGGCAGGGUAAUGACGGCACCCCAAACAGGAGUCUUCUAUGUUACGGUGUGUUUGGUUGCUGGUACCAGUGGAUUGUUUUUUGCCUUUGAUUGUCCAUUUUUGGCUGUACAUAUAACACCUGCAAUCCCGGUAAUAGGUGGAUUAUUAUUCGUAUUUGUAAUGUCUGCGUUGUUUCGAACGAGCUUUAGUGAUCCUGGUGUUAUUCCAAGAGCAACACCUGAUGAGGCUGCUUACAUAGAAAAACAGAUUGAAGUACCAAAUAAUGGUAACUCUAAAACAUAUAGACCACCUCCAAGAACAAAAGAAGUAUUGGUACGAGGACAGCCCGUAAAGUUAAAAUAUUGUUUUACUUGUAAGAUAUUUAGACCACCAAGAGCCUCGCACUGUAGCUUAUGCGAUAAUUGUGUAGAAAGAUUUGAUCACCAUUGUCCGUGGGUUGGCAAUUGUGUUGGUAGAAGAAAUUAUAGAUAUUUUUAUGCUUUUAUAGUAUCUUUAGCAUUCUUAUGUGUUUUUAUAUUUGCCUGCGCUGUUACACAUUUAAUAAUGCUUACAAGAGACGACAGACCAUUUUUAGAAGCUGUCAAAUUAUCUCCUGGUAGUGUCAUUGUAGGAGUGAUAUGCUUUUUUUCCGCUUGGAGUAUUUUGGGUCUUGCUGGUUUUCACACGUAUCUAGCCACGAGUAAUCAGACAACUAAUGAAGAUAUCAAAGGUUCUUUUACAAGUAAAAUAGGUCAAGAAAGUUUCAAUCCAUAUAGUCGCGGAAAUAUUUGUGGAAAUUGUUUCUAUGUUUUAUGCGGUCCUUCACCACCAAGUUUAAUUGAUCGUAGAGGAAUAGUUACUCCUGAGUACCGUGCAGAACAGGAACGAGUUUCUGAUGAAAAUGUGAUAGCUAAUAAUAAGUCGUACGGAACAGUAAAGAUUGUCCAACCACAGUCAAACGGAACUGGCCUGCAGACUAAUGUUCCCACAGAACUAACGGAUUCUAUGAAUAAUCUUGUUACUGGUCGAUACUCUCCAAGAUUAGAAUCUAUUAAUGGUGAGUUGUCUCUUUUACGGCAUCCUUCUCGUUGUACUGAUGAAAUUCCAAAAUAUUCUCAUCAGUUUAUAAGUGAUAUUUAUGUUCCAUCAUAUCCUAUGUCACAUUGUCCUCAAGAAAAACAUAUGAAAUAUAAUGUUAAUGAUAGGAUUAAUCCAGAAUUUCAAAAAGGUAUUCAUAAGUAUCCACAUAGAUGUAGAGAAGAGUAUCACAGGUGUUCGGAUAAUAAUUUAAUAUAUGAUCAGUGCAUACAAGAUCACAAAUACGCGAUCGAUCUUCAAAAAUAUCCGCAAAGAUAUUCCGAGGAUACUCUGCAAUAUAAAAUAGAUGAUAAAAACGGUUACUCUGAUUUACAAAAAUUUCCUCAGUGUCGUUCAGAAGAUCCUUUACGAAUUUCUCAAGCGCAUCAUACUAUGAAGUAUAAUAAUCUGAGAUGCACCGAUAAUGGUAUUAAAUAUCCGAUAGCAAAAAAUAUAUUACCAGCCCGUAUACUAGGUGCUACUGGUAUUCCUAUACAAGCAUUAGGGCUUGUAGACAGUCGUUUUGGUUCAAAUCCGUUAAGUAAUAAUUUAUCUUACGUUGAAAAUUCAUUUUGUCCUAACGAUAGCACAGAGGAAAAUCUUUUGAAUAGAAGAUUUAUCAUGAAUUCUAUGAGUAGUACUACGAAUAGUGUAAGUCAGCUAGUUACCAACGAAGUACCAUUAGCAUCGCUCAAUAUUGCUCCAAUUGAUAUUGAUGAAAUUGCUCCACUCCCUCCGCGUCCAAACGUUGCAGUUUCUUCUACGUUGGAUACCAGCACAGUACCAUCAGUAACCGUAACUACUCCGUUGUCUGCGUCAAGGCUUAGAUUGUUACAAGAUACUACCAUGAUUGAAUCUGCAUUAGAUUUAGAUUCAUUGGAAGAUUCUAGCGUUGGUAAAGGAAGUCAAGUAGGCCUUAUUAAAAUAGGAGCAGUAUCAUAAUUCCAUCUAUUUUUAUGAUUAAUUUAAUUUACAAACAUACACACAUACACACACGCAGAAUACACAUUUUUCUCUUUUUUCAACAUUAUAUCAGAGUAUUUACCAAUGGAAAGUUAUUAUAUAUACAUAUAUAUACAUACUUAAAGACAUGAUAUCGAAUUUUAGGCCUAUUUGUGUGAUAUAAAAGUAUGUGUAGCAAGUGCAAUGAUUUAGUAUGUGCAAUGACUUAGUAAGUGUUGUUUUUUACAAUCAAAGAUUACCAAAUUUUUUGUGAUUUAUACAAUUUAGUAGAUUUGAAAAUAUUUAAAAGAAGGAAAAAAGAAAAGAAAAGAAAAAGAAGAAAAAUAAAAAGAAAAAGAAAAAGAAAAAAAGAAAGAAGCUCAAUUUUAUAUUUCUCAUAGCCACAAGAACCUGGGUACAAUAUUAGCAUUUAAUGGAUAAUGGGUUUUCUUAUUCAUCUUUACAAAUUAUAUUAAAUCAAUCAUAAUGAAGCAUACAUACACACAUAUAUAUAUAACAUGUAUAUUAUAUGCGUAUAUUAAAAUUGAACCAAUACAUUAUUGAUUAUUUUUGUGGCAAACUGAUAUUUUUAAAAUUCAUUGAAGCGGCACUAUUUACUACUUACAAUUGAUUACUUCAACUUUUUUUAUUUUUUAUACAAUACCGGCUCUUAUCGACACGUUUGUAUACAAAUUUUUCUGAUUUUCGCUUCUCAUUUCCACGUAGCAUAUAUUCGAUCAUUAAACUUUUUCUGGUGUGCAUAUAUAUAUAAAUAUAUAUAUAUAUAAAAAUAAAAAAACUAUUGUAAGUGUAAGUAUGACUCACACACAAAUGUUUACUACUAUUGAACUUUUUUAUAAUAAUAACACUUUCAAAUGAUGUCUUUCCAAUAGAAUUAUUCUGUACAGUGUAAAAAAUACAUUUGUAAAUACAAAUAAGUAUAAGCAUAAAAAUAAUAUAAAAAAUUUGAAAGCAUUUAAUGAAUUUAAUGUAAAACGAUGCAGUGUUCUUAUGAAGCAUUUAAACGAAAUAAUAUGAUUAUCACUGCCUUAUUUAUGAGUAACUACUACUUUCAUAUUAAACACAACAGCAUCUUGUUAUUUGUUGAUUUGGCAUGGUCUAAACGAAACAUAUUUUAUUUA